AUGGCUCUGGAGACCACCUUGCUCCUGAAAGCAGGGUUUGUGCUGCUGAUGGCAGUUCAAGUCCUUGCAUCAGUGUCUGGCUGUAACAGGGGAGUCUACACGUUUCUUAUCAAUGAUCUCUGCUUGGCGAAUUUCACAUUCAACAUGGAAAAUCUGGAUCGAGGUUUAUGGUGCAGCUGGAAGGACACAAUGGAGAUCUAUGAGGGACUCACAAACUGCACAUACCAGGUGGCCUUGAGGAUAAACUGCUUCUGGCCAAAUCAGAUAGUCGACCGUUUCUUCAUGGAGAUUCAUCAGAUCUACUUUCAUGACUGCGCUCUGACUGGUCGGCUCCUGCAUGACCCACCGAUUAGCAUCCUCGCCCCAUUUAUCACAGUGCCUGUACUGGUCACCCUGCUCAUGACUGCUGUAGUGGUGUGGAGGAGCAAACGCACACAGGGAAUGCUAUAG